UGUGCUAUGCUAUUGUUGCAUGACAUUCCAAAUGAUACAUAGUUUAUUUUUAGACAGGGGCUCUCAAAGUAGUUUUUUUUUAGCUGCUAGUACAGAGUUCUUUCAGACACAGUCAUAUUAUUGAGAAACCUUUGUUGAAAUCAAGAAGGGAAAUGGGGAAUUACAAGUCUAGACCAACACAAACUUGUACCGAUGAAUGGAAGAAAAAGGUUAGUGAGUCCUAUGCAGUUAUUGUUGAAAGACUUGAAGAAGACUUUCAAAUUAAAGAAAAGGAAUUAGUAGAACUUAAAAAAGUUUUCAGCUCAGAUGAAGCCUUCAGCAAAGUCAAUUUAAACUAUCGAACAGAAAGCGGUCUUUCUUUACUUCAUUUAUGCUGCAUCUGCGGUGGUAACAAAUCGCAUAUUCGAACUCUCAUGCUUAAAGGAUUACGCCCAUCCAGGCUAACAAGAAAUGGAUUUACUGCGCUCCAUAUGGCGACUUACAAGGAUAAUGCAGAACUCUUGACAGCCUUGCUGCAUGGUGGGGCUGAUAUUCAGCAGGUGGGAUACGGUGCUCUUACUGCCCUGCACAUCGCUACAAUUGCUCGAAACCAAGAGGCUGUUGACAUUUUACUGCAACAUGGAGCGUAUGUCAAUGUUCAAGAUGCUGUAUUCUUUACGCCUUUACAUAUUGCAGCUUACAAUGGCCAUGAACAGAUCACACGCCUCCUUCUGAAAUUUGGUGCCGAUGUUAACAUGAGUGGAGAAGUUGGUGACAGACCCCUGCAUCUCGCCUCUGCCAAAGGCUUUUUGAACAUCACAAAAUUAUUGUUGGAAGAUGGAAGCAAAGCUGAUGUGAACGCUCAGGAUAAUGAAGACCAUGUCCCACUUCAUUUCUGCUCACGUUUUGGACAUCAUGAAAUUGUGAAGUUUCUUCUACAAAGUAAUGUUGACGUUCAGCCUCAUGUUGUCAAUAUUUAUGGGGAUACACCUCUGCACCUUGCUUGUUAUAAUGGGAAAUCAGAAGUUGUAAGAGAACUAAUCCAGUUGUCAGGCACAGAAAGCUUGACCAAAGAAAACAUUUUCAGUGAAACAGCCUUUCACAGUGCUUGCACCUAUGGCAAAAAUGUGGAGCUUGUAAAAUAUCUUCUUGAUCAAAAUGUUUUAAAUAUAAAUCAUCAAGGAAGAGAUGGGCAUACAGGGCUGCACUGCGCCUGUUAUCAUGGGCAUAUACGGCUUGUUCAGUUUUUAUUGGAUAACGGAGCAGAUAUGAAUCUGGUUGCAAGUGAUCCCAGUAGAUCAAGUGGAGAGAAAGAUGAGCAAACUUGCUUGAUGUGGGCUUAUGAAAAAGGUCAUGAUGGAAUUGUUACACUUUUGAAACAUUAUAAGCACCCUCAGGAUGAAGCUCAGUGUAAUGAGUAUUCCCAGCCCGGCGGAGAUGGUUCGUAUGUGUCAGUUCCUUCGCCUCUUGGAAAAAUUAAAAGCUUGACCAAAGAAAAGGCAGAUGUGCUUCUCUUACGCGCUAGCUUGCCCUCGCAUUUUCACCUUCAGAUGUCUGAAAUUGAAUUUCAUGAAAUAAUUGGAUCAGGUUCAUUUGGAAAAGUGUACAAAGGAAGAUGCCGGAAUAAAGUUGUGGCAGUCAAACGAUACAGAGCAAACACAUACUGUUCUAAAUCAGAUGUGGAUAUGUUUUGCCGUGAGGUCUCCAUUUUAUGCCGUCUCAACCAUCCAUGUGUCAUUCAGUUUGUUGGCGCUUGCUUAGAUGACCCAAGUCAGUUUGCAAUUGUUACUCAGUAUAUCUCUGGAGGGUCACUUUUUUCUCUACUUCAUGAACAAAAAAGGAAUCUUGACCUGCAAUCAAAACUUAUUAUUGCUGUAGAUGUUGCCAAAGGAAUGGAGUAUCUUCAUAAUCUGACAUAUCCCAUCAUACAUCGUGAUUUGAACAGUCAUAACAUUUUGCUUUAUGAAGAUGGUCAUGCAGUCGUUGCAGAUUUUGGAGAAUCUAGAUUUCUUCAGUCUAUGGAUGAGAACAACAUGACUAAGCAGCCUGGGAAUCUUCGCUGGAUGGCCCCUGAGGUCUUCAGUCAGUGCACUCGAUACACAAUAAAAGCAGAUGUGUUCAGUUACGCUUUGUGUCUAUGGGAACUGUUAACUGGAGAAAUUCCAUUUGCUCAUCUUAAACCAGCUGCAGCUGCUGCUGACAUGGCUUAUCAUCAUAUUAGACCACCAAUUGGAUAUUCCAUUCCGAAGCCUAUAUCUUCACUGCUAAUGAGAGGAUGGAAUGCGUGCCCUGAAGGAAGGCCAGAAUUUUCAGAAGUUGUUUCCAAACUGGAGGAAUGUCUCUGCAAUAUUGAGUUAAUGUCUCCAGCUUCCAGCAAUAGCAGUGGCUCUCUGUCUCCAUCAGCGUCUUCUGAUUGUCUCCUUGGACGAGCUGGGCCUGGCCGUAGUCAUGUCGCUGCUCUGCGUACGCGUUUUGAGUUGGAAUAUGCUUUAAAUUCAAGGUCCUAUUCCGGCUGGUCACAGGGCAAUGAUCAAAAUCCAACAUGUGGUCUAUCCUUAGAAGAAUUGAGAAAAAGCUUCCAGUACUCACCAAUAGACAAAAAUGGUUAUGUGGCUGAUCCCAUGAGCACAAUGCGAUUUCAUUCCUGCUGUCAAAGUAGCAGCUUUGAAGAUAGUAACUGACAGAAGCCUCGUUGCCUGAAAACAUACCAUAGAUUUCAUCCUUAAG